AGACGGACCUUACAUGGUUAGGACAAACGACUGAACUGAAAAUUAGCCUGCAGCCCAUUAAAUACCUGGGUGUCAAACUGACGUCGAACCCAGACAACUUAUAUGCUGAAAACAACCUGAGCAUCAUAAACACCUUACUAAAAGACUUAGAUACAUGGCACGAGAAACCCAUCUCGUGGAUAGGGCGACUACACAGUAUAAAAAUGAACCUCAUGCCGUGCUUCCUGUUCCUUUUUGAGGCAUUACCAAUAAAAGUAACUAAGGAGGACUUGAAAAUGCUACAGACAGCGAUAGAUGACUUCAUCUGGGCUCGAAAGAG